AUGUUUAGUCUUGUUUGCUUCCAUUCAUUUUUCCGGGAACUUCCUUAUGCAACCAAAUGGACGGUUCUAUUGAUUAUUACGGCAGUGUUGGCGUCGUUGGCGCCCGGUGUGGCCUUUAUGUUUGCAGUAUCUCAAUCAUCAAAGCCUUGUCAACAUCAUGAAUCUGUGAGGAUUCCUUUCGAUUCUCCGACGGAGAUGGUUUGCUUGCCGGAAUAUGCGGUGGUUAGCACUUCCCACUUUGAUUUCUUCUUGCCAACUUUGUUUGCUGCUUUGGUUGUUUCUGUUUCUACUUGCUUGCUUCGUUCUGUACUCUCUACAUGA